AUGACUGGAAAUCUACACGUGAUUAAGAAGGAAGCACUGUCCGAAGGGGAAAAGCAACCCCUACUGACACGGACUCAUGGGUCUUUUAAUCAUCAUACUCCUUUCUCUGGUCUAGGUGACAGGUACCCGACUCAAGACGCCACGUGCAUUUCUUCCGCUCUUUUUUCAUGGGUAACACCAUUGAUGGAAUUAGGCAAUCAACGUCCAUUAGAACACGACGAUUUAUACCUUUUAGAUCGUGUUAAUCAAGCACAUGAGGUUUCUACAGCGUUUCAAAAAGCUUGGAAGAAACAGUGUGCUAAAACACGUCAGGGUGGCAAACCGAGUCUCGUCUGGGCAUUAGUAUCUUGUUUUGGAGGACAAAUUGCCAAAGCAGGAUUGUUAAAACUUGUUCAUGAUUCGCUACAGUUUGUGGGUCCUAUGUUGAUUAAGGAGAUCAUUGCAUACUUGCAGAAUCCAGAGGCUCAAUUGAGUGAAGGACUGAUGUAUGCAGCUAUUGUGUUUGGAUCGGGUGUAAUGCAAUCGUUCUUGUUGCGAAACUAUUUCUUCAACUGUUUUGAAGCUGGGAUGAGAAUUCGAUCGGCUGUGUGUACUGCAGUGUAUAACAAAAGUCUGGUCCUAUCUGCUGCAGCGAGACAGAAGAAGACGACUGGAGAGAUUACUAACCUUAUGUCUAUCGACGCUCAAAGGCUUCAAGACUUAUCAACGUUUAUCAACAGUGUCUGGUUUUCUGUUUUUCAAAUCGUGACGGCGUGCUAUUUGCUCUGGAAGCAGAUUGGCCUUGCUACCUUUGCAGGUGUCGCAGUAAUUAUCUUGAUGCUGCCGGUUACAGCGGGGAUUACUAAACUCAUGCGACGUCUGCAGCUAAAGUUGAUGGAGGUGAAGGACGAACGUAUCAAGAUCUGCAAUGAAGUACUGGCUGGGAUAAAGGUAAUCAAGUUGCAGGCGUGGGAAAAUUCGUUCACCAAACGGGUGCUGGAAUAUCGUAGUGAGGAGCUUGAUAAGCUUCGCACUUACAUAUACGCACGUAGUGCAUCCAUGACGCUCUUUUCGGCAAUUCCUUCGCUAGUAACGGUGGCAUCUUUCUACGCUUAUGUCAUGCUUGGCAACACACUGGACGUGGGAACGGCUCUCACGUCACUGGCACUGUUUAAUAUCCUCCGCUUUCCAUUAUUCUUGUUACCACAGGUACUCAAUUCAAUUGUUGAGGCCAGUGUAAGCGUCGAUCGCUUGAGCUCGUACUUUCUGGAAGAGGAACGCGAGAAAGUUAAGCCUGGAGAUUUAGAUAGCCCAGGUAUUCGCGUGAGCAAUGCUGAUUUCAUGUGGGACAUGACACCAAAAACGCUCGAAGAGGACAGUUUGCUGCAGGAGGAUUCGUUAUUGGAUAAGGAUGCACUGGGAGAUGGUGACAGUGUGCCUGUUUUGCAAAAUGUAUCAUUGGAGGCUCAUUUGGGUGAUCUGAUUGCCGUAGUUGGCCACGUGGGCGCCGGCAAGUCCACGCUUCUUAGUGGAAUAUUAGGCGACGCACGAUGCAGUCGCGGCAAGGUGAACCUUCUUGGAUCUGUAGCCUACGUCUCGCAGCAGCCAUUUAUUCAGAACGCAACAGUUCGUGAGAACAUUUGCUUCGGUCUCCCAUUCGACGAGGGAAAGUAUGCCAAUGCACUACGGGUUAGUUCAAUGCAGAAGGAUCUGGCCGUGCUGCCUGGCAGAGAUCUUACAGAGAUUGGUGAGAAAGGAAUCAACCUCAGUGGCGGGCAGCGCACUCGCGUAGCCCUUGCCCGCGCUGUAUACCAAGAUGCCGAUAUUUACCUGUUGGAUGAUAUUUUGUCGGCUGUAGACAGCCAUGUCGGGCAUGAUAUUUUCAAGGAAUGCAUUAAAAAUUGCUUGAAGAAUAAACUGGUGAUUUUAGUCACGCAUGGUCUGACAUUUCUGAGUGAAUGUGACAAGAUUAUGGUUUUAGAAAACGGCUUGAUCGUGGAAGAAGGUACUUACAAACACCUCAUGGCUAAGGAAAGUGGACUUCCGAUGGACUUUUUGGCCAAAUACAAAGAUCGAGAUCCGCAAAAGCCACACGCCAUUGAGGCGGUAGGGAACACCGUUGAUGAGUUAGAGGAGGAGGAAGAGGAUUGCUUGACACCCGGACACCGAGGCCAUAGACUCAGUCGUUCGUCUGUGCGAAGCGAACGUUCGAUAAGCGAAACAGCUGGUGAGACUCAAUUGAUCACCGACGAAGACCGGUCUGUAGGUGAUGUUGCUUGGCACGUGUACAAGACAUGGAUCAUGGCGUUUGGCGGAUAUCCGGCUGGUCUACUGGUACUUGUCGUAUUUAUCGGUACCCAGCUUUUGAAUUUGUUAUCAACGUGGUGGCUUUCAUUGUGGUCGGAAGAGCCUCAGCCUAAGAACAACGACAACCAGCUUGUGUCUCAUCCAUCGCAGAUGUUUUACGUGUAUGUGUACAUGGGCCUAAACGGAGUAUACGCUGUGGCACUGUACGUACGUGCAAUUGCCACAUACAAGGGCGGUUUGCGUGCAAGUCGGUCGCUAUUCCAGCACCUACUGGCUCGCAUUCUACGUGCUCCAAUUUCUUUUUUUGACACAACACCAACAGGUCGCAUUAUUAAUCGUUUGUCCAAGGACGUAUACACUGUGGAUGAGAGCAUUCCUGCUACGUGGAGUAUGCUUCUCAAUACCUUCAUCAGCGUAUUGGUGACAUUGGCCACUAUUUCUUACGUCACUCCAAUUUUCAUGAUCAUUCUUCUUCCCAUUUUAGUUGGUUAUUACACUUCGCAGCGCUACUUUAUCAAGACUUCGCGCGAGCUACAGCGCUUGGACUCGAUCAGUCGUUCUCCUGUGUUCGCCCUGCUGUCCGAGACCCUCGACGGCUUGCCAACUAUUCGUGCGUAUCGUGCUGAGACUCAAUUUUCAACGCAGAAUGAAGAGUUGAUUGACCGAAACCAGCGUGCCUACUUUUUAAACUUUGCUGUAAACUGCUGGCUGGCGUUGCGACUUGAGUUUGCUGGCACACUUAUCGCGGCCUUUGCAGCGUUGACUGCUGUUUUAGCCCACAGCUCGAACCCGGAGCGUGGGGCAGCUUUUGCCGGCCUGGCAGGCGUCUCUCUUACAUACGCAUUCAGUGUGACGCAGUCGCUAAAUUGGUCUGUGCGUAUGCUAAGUCAGUUGCAGACGCAGAUGAUAUCUGUGGAACGCAUUCAGAAGUACACCAUUAUGGACACAGAGGCCGAGCUCACCAGUGUGGGCAAGCUUCCUCCUGCUCAGGAAUGGCCCUCUGCAGGCGCUAUUGAAUUUCGCAACGUGAAUGUACGCUAUCGCACCGGCCUACCUCGUGUCUUGCGCAACUUGUCUUUCUUCAUCCGUCCCCAGGAAAAGAUCGGCAUUGUAGGUCGCACGGGUGCCGGCAAGUCCAGCCUCAUCGUGGCGCUUAUGCGCCUGGUGGAAUUGGACAGCGGCUCGAUUGUCAUCGAUGGACUGGAUAUUGGCACGAUCGGAUUGCACGAGUUACGCAACAAGAUCUCAAUCAUUCCCCAGGAUCCAGUACUCUUCUCUGGGACAGUGCGCAGCAACGUGGACCCAUUUGAUCAGUAUACUGACGAGCAGAUAUGGACAUCCCUACGCCGGGCUCAUCUUGCGCACGUGGUGACUGCGCUGGAUGGUGUUGUGGACGAGAAGGGUUCCAACUUCAGCGUUGGUGAGCGCCAACUGCUUUGUAUUGCUCGCGCUUUGCUUAAACGCUCGCGCAUUAUUCUCAUGGACGAGGCUACAGCCUCGAUUGAUAUGGAAACUGAUCGAAAAAUUCAACGCAGCAUCCGUGAAGAGUUCCGCGACUGCACUUGCCUUACAAUUGCACAUCGCAUUAACACAAUUCUUGACGCGGAUCGCAUCCUUGUUAUGGAACGUGGUGCUGUGGGUGAAUUUGAUACUCCAAAGGCGCUCCAGAAGAAACAGGACGGUCUGUUCAAGGCACUUGUUGAACACUGGAAGAACGAGGGCAAGUGA